UUGCCCCCGACGGAACGGAAUGACACGUCAGAUGGCUGUCAACGCGCAUGUGCGAUGCCGCCACACUUCCUAUUGUGCUGGGAGACCAUCAGCCGGAAGUGAGUGCCGUCCAUUCCAUCCCCCUCAUGUUUGGUCAGUGAUUUAAAUCGUCGCCGAUGGAUUGAGCAGCGGAGUUUGGCGUAAAGGUUUAUUCGGAACGGUCCUCGGCAUGAUUGAGGUGGUGGCCAAACUCCUCCGGGGCUCGGUGUUCCUGACGGGCGAGGAGCUGGAGUGCGUUAUAACUUUCACCAACCCCGUUACGGCUCGCUCCACCUCGGCCGGCAGUGAGAUGUUGGCAUGGGCAAGUGCUCAGAUACAUUGCCAGUUUCAUACCAGCGAGAGUCGUGUUGCACUUCCUCCCUCUGAAGACACAAAGUAUGAUGUGCAGGCUGAGAAUGAAACCGUGUUUGUUCCAAACAGAGGUGAACGAGGAAAAUGUAUUCUAGCCACUCCACCCAAGAUACUGUUCUGUGAUCUGUGUCUUGAUCCUGGUGAAUCAAAGUCCUAUUCUUACUGUGAAACUGUACCUCUUGAUGGUCCACCUUCCUUCCGAGGCCAGUCAGUGAAAUAUGCUUAUAAAUUGACAGUUGGCUGUCAAAGGGUCAAUUCUCCAAUCAAACUUCUCCGGGUUCCUUUUCGGGUUUUUGUUGUCUAUGGAUUGGAAAAUUAUCAAUUUCCUCCAGAUGAAGCUGUGGCACCUACAAAUCCAUUUUUGGAUGAAGAUGAGAGUAUUAAAAAAGACACUAGAUUAGUGGAUUUGGCAACCGAAAUGUUGAUGACCAGCACAUCUCGCCGUAGUCUUCAUUUGUAUAACAUUACUAAUGUCAGGGGGAAAGUUGGAAAGUUCUGCAUUUUCAAAACCAUCUAUAAAAUUGGAGAAGAUGUAUUGGGCACAUUCGAUUUCUCUGAAGGAGAUAUUCCAUGUUUGCAGUUCUCAGUAUCUUUGCAGACUGAAGAGCAUAUACAAGAGGACUAUCAAAGAAAACCAGGGCAACCUGUUUCGCUGAGUACACAUGCUCGGCACCAAGAGUCAUGUUUGCAUACUGCUAAAACUCAUUUCAGUUUACCAGUUCCACUUAGUGCUACACCCAGCUUUAUGACCACUGUAGUAUCCUUGAAGUGGCGCUUACACUUUGAGUUUGUCACUGCUCGUGAACCUGUGGAACCACCUACUGUACUUGAGAACCAAUCGGAGAUAAUUACUUGGACUGGGGCAGGGAAAAUAGAUGUGGACACAUUCAGCUGGGAUCUACCAAUAAAAGUGCUUCCAACUAAUCCUGUACUCGCAUCAUAUGUUUCACAGUUGACAUCUUUUAACUCAAUUACCAUCUGAAAUUCAUUUUUUUAAGAGGUUUGGAAAGUUUUAAACCAUUAAAGUUUUGGAUAAGCAGGAGUUGUACAGCAGCAUCAAAUGGAAGAACAAGGAAUAAUAUUGCCUGAGAUAUUACAACGGCAUCAGUUCUAUUACUAAUCUAAAAUUACUGGAACAUACCACAGAAUGCAGUUCCAAACCACAGUAUUUCUUCAUGGAAGUGUGAGGAACAAGAUUUGAAGUGACUACAAUUUCUCCCCUUAACUACACUGAAAGGACUCUGGGGGAAAAAUGCACCUUGCACAUUUUCCUUUCAUUUUAAACAUUCAAUUUCAAAAAUUCCGUGGAUUGAUAACUGAUGAAAAGAUUUUAUCUAGAGAACUAUUUUGUCCAGACUGUUUAUAGCUUUUGAAACUGGUGGAUCUGGAGUGCUUUUUUUGUUGUGGGUUUUGCUGUAGAUAGUUUAAAUUCUAUAUCCCACAAUUGAGAAAAAUUGCAACUUCACAUUGGUGCUCAUUGUAUUUGCAUAUAUUUAACUAAAAACAUGUUGCACGAUUACAGAUAGUUUGCUGUUCUUGUACAAUUUCUAUUAAAAGUAGAUUUUAUUCAUUGUACUGUAACACAACAAUAAAUCUUGUUAUUCAACAUCUUAACUCCAGGAGUGAAAAAUAAAUUACAUUUUAGUUAAUCAGUUUUUUUCCUGUAUUCCUGUUGAGUAUUACAUUUUACCUAUUGCUUGGACUCUUGGCAUUAGUCCUGGAACUGGCAUCAAGAGGUGUUAUAGCUGUGCUUUGGUUAACUGGUAGCUAAAACUCUCCAUUUUCUGACAAACUUCUCAGUACUGGAGCUGGAUAAUUUUGUUCACCCCUUUUUGUUUAUAUAAAGAAAUGCACCAGAUUAUAUGUUCUGUGUCUCUUCCUCAUUGGUAACUUCCAGAAGUAGUGAACUGUAAAAUUCUACCCAUUGUUACAAAAAUGUUGUGUUACUGUCAUGUUUUAUAUGAUGUAACAUUCACUUUUUUUGAAGCUGUUUGUGUAAUGUGCUUUUUAUUUAUAUUUAAUGUAGUUAUAAGUGUGAAUCCAUUGUAGACAAUUACCCAUUCUUUUUGCCAUGUUGAUCCUUGGGUCCUGAUAUCUGAAGAUUGCUUGUAAAUGUGUUUUAAAUUUUGAGUUCAUUUUAUAGCUUAAUUAUAGGUUGUGUAUAUUUAACUAGUUUUGUCAUAACCUAAUCCUGACUUGUACAUGGCUGUAAAGUUGAAUCAUUUGAGGCACCUAGCCUCCGAUUUGCUUGGACCUGAAAUCUUAACUUAGUUUGUCAUUCCUAAGAUGCAGCCAGAUCUGCUGAGUAUCUCCAGCAUUUUGUUUUUAUCUUAAUUUUUAAAUCUAUUUCCUUUGCAUGUCGAACUCCAAGGUAAGUACUUGAGCACACGACUGUGCAAAUAGGCGAUCACUUGAAAACAUGAGCUUGAAGACCUUGUCUAAUGCUCGACUCUGCUUGUGGGGAAAUUGUAUUGUUUAUUACAUAAUAUGACUCUUAAAGAUAGGCUUGUAUACUGCAGGACAAAAUGGAGAAAGCGAGUGGAUUUGGGAUAAAUACAAUAUUUGUUUUAUUCUAGAUAUU